AAACUUAAGCGGCGGUUUAUUUUGUUAACAGCCUAACAGCAAAUAUUUCUACUAGUGGCAGAAAAGUUACGAGGAAUAUCGCCGUUAAAGUUUCGAGUUUUAUUUCAAAUUAAUUAAAGUCAACAAAUGUACUUUCUAGCGCAUAGAGCGCCAUUGAUGAAGCCUUAAAUUGGAGUUGGUGGAAACCUUACUUCCUUCAAUGCUAUGUCUUACUUCAAAAUAUGUUGACGCUCCUGAAGUAUUGACAAAGUGCUUCUCUUUACCAUUGUGGUCUAAUGAAGCUGGUACACUCAGAUUGAAUCAACUGAUGCUUGUUUUGGUCAUGUGAGGAAAAAGACAUCAGGGAAGGUCCAGUGCUUGCCAAGACAUAAAUUCCUCUAUGUUCCACAAUUAAGAAGAAGUUGACUCUUUUGUUGAUAACUACAUUUUAAGAGGAGAACAAGUUAAAACUCUUUAGGUAAAGAUAUCAAAGCACUGUUCGAAAAGGAAAACAAGAGAGCAAAGCGUAUCUUUCCGACAGAGGCAUGAGUUUGAAUCAGUCAGAGCCUGGAACUGGUGGAAGCACAUCAAUCACAGAGCUAAGUGCAUUAAUUAAGAGAAGUAUCCCAAGCGAAAUAUUACUUCAUUAUGAAGAAGCAAUCUCUACUUUCACCCCAACGCCAAGUUGUGAAAUUAAAAAAUUCAACAUCCAUAUUGAAUACAAUAUCAUCGUGUUUGAUAUUGAAACAACCUCAUUAUAUAGAGGUGCCGAGUUAUGUCAACUUUCAGCUGUCGACAAAACAGGUCAAAAUAUGUUUUCAAAAUACAUUUUACCUGAUGAUGACAUUGAUUAUGAUGCUACCCUCGUUAAUAAACUGUCAGUGCAAACAGUUGAUGGAAGACGAACACUUUUUAAAGAUGAUGAGGCGUUGGAGUCACUUACCUGUCAAGAGGCUCUUUCGCUAUUCGUGGAAUACAUCAAAGAUUACAUGAUCACAAGCAAAGCUAGAACCAACAAAGACGUAUGCACUGUUUUAAUUGGCCACAAUGCAAAGUUGUUUGACACACCAAUGCUUCUUCGCAACAGUGACAAUCAUAUCCAUGCAUCAAUGCGAGCUUUGAAGAUUAUUUUUGGCGACAGUCUUCCUUUGUUCAGGCAUUUAAUUAAAAUGAAGCAUCCAGCAUUGAUUCAGUCGAACGGACAGAGUUGUUCUUCCAGCCUACCAUCGAUGUACGACACUUUGUUUGGUGAAACAUAUGCUGCACACGAGGGACCGGAAGAUGUUAGAGCAUUGCAGCGAAUUUUAUUUUCUUCACCGAUCAAAUUGACUGAACACGAUAUUAUCGAUAACUGUAAACUGAUUUCGUUUGAAGAUUCUUUAAAAAAUACGCAAUAUUUGGACCAUCGAUACAAUUUACUUCAAACAAUGAAAUAUCAGUUGUACAGUGGUGAUAACUUUUUUCAAGCGCCGAUAUCUUAUAGCAUGGCAAAAAAAAAUGCUGGCAGUGGAUUAUCGUAUUCUGACCUCCAAAAUUUGUACACAAACCACGGUAGAGCUGGGCUGAUUGCUGUAUUAUCAAAGCCGCCUACAACAUCAAACAACAGAAAACCGAGAGUGACAAAAAACAAGAGAAUUUUAGCCUCCAUUCUGCAUCAUUUUGAACGAUUAACGGUUAGUUAAGGUAUCCCUGUUUUAAACGCUUAAACGUCACCUCUCCGUUUAAGGGUGAUGUCAUUAUUUCUUGUCUUCACGACAAAUAAGUAGACUUUACAUGUUUGUAGAUGUAGAUCGUCCUGUUUAGUAGAGUCCUGAGAAGGACUGUUGAUGUUGAUGUUGACUGAUGUUUCAACAACCUUAGCGGUAAUCAUCUUCAGAGUCAAAUGAGGAGUAAACGUCAGGUUAGCCGUAGUUGUUAUCUGGUUCUUACGUCAUUGUAUUGUGUGUACAGGAAAUGUGUGGAUGUCAAUUGUGUAUUGUUAUUGUGGUUAGUGUAAAGUUUGAUGUUUUUAGCACAGUAUAGUGAAUAUACAGUAGAGCCACUCUAUAGACAUUUUUCGUGCCACGCUUAUUUUAUUACGCAUGUGAUUACUAUAGUGGCAGCCAGUCAAUUGCUUUUUUUGACCAAUAGGAAUGAUGAAAUGCCUAACGGCAGCCAGUAAUCUAAGUAAAUAUACAGCAGCCAGUUGCACACGAAGUGGACCUACUGUGUAUUCUUUAUAUUGUGGUUUUUAGUUGCUCGUUUGUUUGUAUUGUGAAUAAGUCGUUUGCAAGGUGCCGGUAGUUGCUAUGAACUAUUUGUUUUCAUGAAAGUAUACUUAGCACUUGAUGAGAAGUCUGCACGGAAAUACAUCGUGCCUUGUAAUUUAAAGAUAUCUUAAUUUUGAUUUUUAACAGUUAUUCAUAGAAAUUUGUAGUUGUCAUUCACCAUGGAAAAUACGCUACUCAAAGCAGUAUCCAAGUAAAAGUUUCUUACCUCUA